AUGGCCGAAGGAUCGGAUGUGUCUUUCGAGAAAUUAUUCUUACAGGAAAUGUUUUCGGAGAUAAUUUUGCACCAUUCGAACAAAACAAAGGACAAAGAAGUUGGCCAAGACAUCGAAAUAGCUGGAUGUACAGACAUAAUGGUGAAUACAUCAGAUUGUAGAAUUCUUGCACAUAAUGAAGACUGGGGAACGAAGGUUGAAAACUUGAUGUAUAUGGUCGACGUAGAUCUAGACAAAAGCGCAUUAAGUGAAGUUGAUAACAGUAAAAACAUGAAGGACCAAGAAACUAUAAACCAAGUAAUUGCAAGAAGAAACGAAAGGUACAUUGCUUACAUGUUUCCAGGGUUUCUUGCUGGGAAUACAUUUUAUGUUAAUAAAACAUUUGCCGUGUCAAUUAAUUCUCUCGAACCAAAGAGAGUAAAUCAUGGUGCUGUGCCUGUCGAAAUAAUUCUCCGCGUCUUAAUUGGAUGUGAAAGUAUAGAAGAGUGUGUUGCUGUUAUGAAGAACGACCCUGUGGGCUGCUCGUAUGGAAAAAACAUCCCAUAUUGCAAGCAGAACGGUAAAACAAUCGUGGAUGUGAAGCACAUUUCAUCUUCAAACAGCGCACAUAGAGACUCGUACUACGUACAUACAAAUUAUUACAAGCAUGUUAAUGGUGCAGAGGAAUCACCAGGAUUAGACGGUACAAAGGCUAGAGAAGCAACUGCAAGUCAAAUGGAUGUACCAACAUGUCUCCAAGACGUCUGUAAUAUUUUGGGAGAUACGUCCAGUACGAUAGAGCCCAUUUACCGAACGCUUGGAAAAAGUUUUAAGAAUAAACAUGCUGCAACAGUCGCUUCCGCAUUAUUUGAUAUGAAUGAAAGGGUUCUUCAUGUUUAUCUUACGAAUCCAAAAGCUACGAAAAAUCCAUGUUUGUCUUUGCCCUUUGUUCAGUAG